AUGCGUGUGGCGUUGUCGCUACUUUUGUAUACAUCAUCCGUGCACACAGUUCUCGGAGACCUGUUAACAGUAUGCCCGGAUGUGAGUGCUUCUAUUCGUCCAAGCUAUUGCAAGAAAGCUUGCACUCGCGAUGAUCAAUGCAAGAAGGUUAACAAGCGAUGCCUUUGCGAUGGCCCAUGUGGCUUAUCAUGCGUCAAUCCAUUGACGACGUGUCACCCGUUAGUCGAUCUGCCCAAUGGUUUCAUUCGAACUCCGGGCGAUUUCUUGUUUGGCUCAAAUGCAGAAUACGGCUGCAACGAGGGAUAUAUACUUGUGGGUCCCUCGCAACGACGUUGUCAGGCCAAUCGGGAAUGGAGCGGCACAAGGCCCGAGUGCAGAUUAUUGAAAAAAUGUGGGCCACCACCGGAAAUCCCGUAUGCCCAGCACGAUGGUAACUCGUACAGUGGCCAGUAUGAACUCGAUACCGAGGUCUAUUACACAUGCGUGCCCGGAUAUCACCGAUACAAUAGCAAAGGCAUUACAAUAGCGAAAUGUCUGCUAAACCGAGAGAAAGCCGCUCAAUGGUUUGGCCCCGACUUGCGAUGCAAAGCUCGCAGCUGUCCCGAUCCUGGCAAUAUCAUGAAUGGAAUACGCAAAGGCGAGCUGUAUUACUACCCACAUACCAUUGAAAUCGUAUGCCUUCCCGGCUAUCAAUUGGUUGGCUCACCCAAAAUUCGCUGUCUGAGUAAUGGCCAGUGGAGCGCUCAGCUACCCCACUGCAAACCAGCAGAGUGUAAGAGGCCGUCGGACCCGUUACACGGCAAAGUGCUUGGUAGUUCACUAACUUAUCAAUCGCGAGUCACAUAUUCAUGCAAAGAAGGUUAUCGACUUGUAGGUCAGGUACAAAGGAUAUGUCUUGCUGAAGGAGUAUGGGCUGGCAAUGAACCGGUUUGCGAAGAGAUUCGUUGCCCGCCGUUUCCGCCACUGCAUAAUGGCUAUAUCGAAGGCGAUGAAACUCAUUUUGGUGCCGUUGUCGUAUUUCGUUGCUUGGAAGGGAUGAACCAUAUCGGUGCGCCAUAUGCCAAAUGCGAAGACGAUGCACGCUGGUCGCAUCCGAUGCCCACUUGCUUGAGUAAGCUUCAAUAUAAUCUUGUGCAGCAACCAAACAUCAUCAGUGCUUUACGUGAUCGUAAAGGUAUGCAAUGCGCAGACAGCGGAAUAAUCCGUCAUGCGUCAGAAAAGCGCAUGUUACGUGACACGUGCCGUAGCCACCGGCAUUCACUGAGAAUUUUUUCGUAUGAUCAUUCGAAAAAAUUCAUUCUCAACUAA